AUGCCUGAGCCCAGCAAAGAGGCUGCUGAUGACCCAUUAGAUGAGAUUCACCCCCCGGAGGCACGUGACCCCGAUGGGCUCUUCAUCAGCAAACCCCAGAGCGUGCUGGUGCAGUGCGGGUACCACUGGGUGACCCUGGGUGCCAUUGCAGGCCAGGACGUGCAGGUGGUGGCGCGUGUGGACGGGUCCCAGCUGCCCUCCAAGCCCAGCAUCAAGUGGUUCAAGGGGAAGUGGCUGGAACUGGGCAGCAAGAGUGGGGCCAGGUUCCAGUUCAAGGAGAGCCUGGACAAGGAGAGCAAGGAACACACCUUCGAGCUGCUCAUCUCCAAGGUGGUGCUUGGGGACAGGGGUGACUAUCGCUGUGAGGUGACAGCCAAGGACAAGAAGGACUCGUGCUCCUUCAACAUCGACGUCGAGGCCACCCGCCCCAGUGAUGAAGACAAUGUCCUGCAGGCCUUCAAGAGGACGGGUGAUGCCAAGGACGACACUGCAGGAGAGCUGGACUUCAGUGGGCUGCUGAAGAAGAGGGAGGUGCAGGUGGAGGAGAAGAAGAAGAAGAAGGACGACGACGACGGCUUCCCCCCGGAGAUCUGGGAGCUGCUCAAGGGGGUGACCAAGAAGAGCGAGUACGAGCGCAUUGCCUUCCAGUAUGGCAUCACCGACCUGCGGGGCAUGCUCAAGCGCCUCAAGAAGGUCACUGCUGAGCCCAAGAAGAGCGAGGCGUUCGUCCGGAAGCUGGACCCCGCGUACCAGGUGGACAAGGGCAAGAAGAUCAGGUUGAUGGUGGAGCUCAGCAACCCUGACCUGCCCCUCAAGUGGUACAAGAACGGGCAGCUCAUCAAACCCAGCAACAAGUACGUGUUUGAGAACGUUGGCCUCAAGCGCAUCCUCACCAUCCACAAGUGCUCCUUGGCUGAUGAUGCUGCCUACGAGUGCAGGGUCAAUGAUGAGAUGUGUGUCACCGAGGUCUUCGUCAAGGAGCCGCCGGUCACCAUCUCCAAGGGGCUGGAUGACCAACAGGUCGUGGUGGGUGAGCGUGUGGUGCUGGAGGCUGAGGUGUCCGAGGAGGGUGCCCAUGUCAUAUGGCUCAAGGACGGGGUGGAGCUGACUCGGGAGGAGACCUUCAAGUACCGCUUCAAGAAGGACGGACGCAAACACUUCCUCAUCAUCAACGAGGCCGUCAAGGAGGACGCUGGACACUACAAGAUCAUGACCAAUGGUGGCGAGAGCGAGGCCGAUGUCAUCGUGGAUGAGAAGCAGCUGGAGGUGCUGCAGGCCAUGGCAGACCUGACGGUGCAGGCCUCGGAUCAGGCUGUGUUCAAGUGUGAGGUCUCAGAUGAGAAAGUCACUGGGCGCUGGUUCAAGAACGGGGUCGAGGUGAAGCCCAGCAAGAGGAUCCACAUCACCCACAGCGGCAGGAUCCACAAGCUGGUGAUCGAUGACGUGCGGCCUGAGGAUGAAGGGGAUUACACCUUCGUACCCGACGGCUUCGCGCUCUCCCUGUCAGCCAAGCUCAACUUCCUGGAGAUCAAGGUGGAAUACGUCCCUAAGCAAGAGCCCCCCAAGAUCCACCUGGACACGUCCAAGGGGGCGAGCGCAGAGAGCACAGUGGUGGUUGUGGCUGGGAACAAACUGCGCCUCGAGGUGCCCAUCUCGGGGGAGCCUGCGCCCGUCGUCACCUGGAGCAAGGGCGAGGAGGCGUUCACGGCGCGCGAGGGCCGCGUGCACCUGGAGGACCGUCCAGGGCUCUGCAGCUUCGUCAUCGAGAGCGCGGAGAGAGCAGAUGAGGCCAAGUAUGGGAUCCGGGUGAGCAACCCUGCGGGGGAGGACACGGCCACCAUCAUCGUCCGUGUUGUGGAUGUCCCUGACCCCCCCGAGAACGUCCGGGUCACGGCCGUGGGGGAGGACUGGGCCUCGCUGAGCUGGGACCCCCCCAAGUACGAUGGGGGGCAGCCAGUGACAGGGUACCUUCUGGAGCGCAAGAAGCAGGGCUCUCAGCGCUGGGUGAAGCUCAACUUCGAGCCCCUGCCUGGCACCACCUUCGAGUCGCAGCGGAUGCUGGAGGGUGUCCUCUAUGAGAUGCGGGUCCUGGCGGUCAAUGCCAUCGGGGUGUCCCCCCCCAGCAUGAACACGCGUCCCUUCAUGCCCAUUGCCCCCACGAGUGAGCCCACGCACCUCGUGGUCGAUGACGUCACGGACACCACGGCCACGCUCAAGUGGCGCCCCCCGGAGCACGUGGGCGCCGGCGGCAUCGACGGCUACAUCGUGGAGUACCAGCGGCAGGGGGAGGAUCACUGGACCCCAGCUCACGAGGGUCUGGUCCCUCGCUGCUCAUUGACGGCCAAGGGGCUGCCCACGGGGGAGCAGCUCCAGUUCCGCGUGUUCAGCGUUAACAUCGCGGGACGGAGCCCCCCGGCCGUGGGGCAGCACGUGACCAUCCGCGAGAUCGUGGAGCGGCCCAAGAUCCGGCUGCCCCGGCACCUGCGGCAGACCUAUGUGAGGAAGGUGGGAGAGCAGGUCAACCUGGUGAUCCCCUUCCAGGGGAAGCCCCGCCCCCAGGUCACGUGGUCCCGCGAGGGGCAGCCAUUGGGCAGCUCCGUGAACGUGCGGACGUCGACGUUCGACGCCGUGUUCUUCAUCCGCGCGGCCGCGCGCGAGGACUCGGGCACGUACCGGAUGGUGCUGCGCGUGGAGGCGCUCGAGGACGCGGCCGAACUGCGCCUGCGCAUCGUGGACCGCCCGGGCCCCCCCUGCAACGUGCGUGUGACUGAGGUGUGGGGCUUCAAUGCGGCGCUGGAGUGGGAGCCCCCCACGGAUGAUGGCAACGCCGAGGUCACCGGUUACACCGUGCAGAAGGCGGACACCAGGACCAUGGAGUGGUUCACGGUGUACGAGCACAACCGGCAGCCGCGGUGCACAGUGUCAGAGCUGGUGAUGGGCAAUGAAUACGUGUUCCGGGUGUACAGUGAGAACCAGUGUGGGCUGAGCGAGAACGCAGCACUGAGCUCCAACAGCGCCCGCAUCCCUAAAGCAGUUCUGAACCUGAAGCCCCCCCAGUUCAAGGAGCAUGACUUCCGCUCGGCCCCCCUGUUCCUGACCCCCCUCGUGGACCGCAGUGCAGUGGCUGGGUACAGCACUGCCCUCUACUGUGCCGUGCGGGGGCACCCCAAGCCCAAGGUGGAGUGGCUCAAGAACCAGAUGGUGCUGGGCCCAGACCCGCGGUUCCUGGCUCGGCACUCGCAGGGGGUGCUCACACUGCUCAUCCGCAAACCUGGGCCCUUCGAUGGCGGCGUCUAUGGCUGCCGGGCGGUCAAUGAGCUGGGGGAGGCACUGACCGAGUGCCGGCUCGAGAUACGUGAUACGCGGUGA